UCUGUGCAGCGACCACAGACUCUUAGUGAACAAGAAAGGUCCACACAGCUAGUUUGUCCACCAAUGGGUAGUAGUUACAUCUAGCCCUUCAUCAGCAUCCAGCCAACCGCAUCUGGUGCCUGUCGCCCUCCAUCUGUGAAAGAUACUGUGCCUCUGGACUAGUUUGUUUUCCAAUCAUUUAAUAAAAGGCUACCGUCUUCCAUCUUUGAGCGGUUUUUCCACCUAAAGUCGGAGAAAAUGGCUGCAAUUCCAUCAAGUGGCUCACUCAUUGCCACCCAUGACUACUACAGAAGACGACUCGGGUCCAGUUCCAGCAGCAGCUCCUGUGGCAGUUCUGAGUACACCGGGGAGGUUAUUCCACACCAUCCAGCACUUCCACGGCAAGACUCAGGGCACUGGUGGACUUCCUUUUUCUUUACAAAACAAAACCCGGCAAAUGGAUCAGACAAUCAAAAGACCAGAUCCUACACCGUGGCCAACGGUCAGGUGUCCUGCAUCGCCAAGGAAAUGGUUUUGAACAGACAGUUGAGCGAAAGCAGCGAAAGCGGAAAAGUUGAACCAACUACUCCACCACCCGUGUCCUCCUAGACCCGGCUCCAUCGCCCCCACCCUCCUGCACCUUCUUCCCCCACUUUCAGCUUGCCAUUCAUCACAUAGUCCAGCAGUGGAGAUGAAGAUGACGAUGGCGAUGAUGAGGGUGUUUUGUUACUUAUAGUGAAUAGUUCGCAUGUCAUUUUUGUUUCGUGUGUUAUCUGUAUAUUAUGACCAAAAGUUUUAAAAAAUGUAAAAAGUAUUUUUUUCAUGAACUUCUUACUACUUAAAAUAACAAUAAAUAGUGUCUAGUCACGACUUG